AUGGCCGCCCCCACACUGUCGGUCGAGCAGCAAAUACAACAACUUGAUGAUGCGCGAAAGCUCGUUCUGGGCGAUGUCACAUACUACCAGCCAAUCAUUCAAGGGAUUCUUCCUAUCAUAGGUCCGUCUGCGAGAGUUGAAUUGAGGAGAUGGGGUGCCGAGUUUCUAGCAGAGACCUUUGCGGCUCCCAGAGUGCCGGCGCAACAGAAAGAGACUCUGAGUUUGCUUGUAUUGGACACUGUCAAGGCUAUGAUUGAGAAUCCCCAGGAGGAUGCUGCCGUCGUGAAGAGCAUAGUCCAGACCGCUGCAAGCAUAUACCCGCUCACAUGGGAACGAAUGCUUGCUAUCAAAUCAAGGAUAUUUCGAAUAUGGGACUCUGCUGCUUCUAACGUCCGAAUAUGCUGCAUCAAGUUUGCACAGAGAGUGGUGCUAGUGCAGACAGCAGGUCCAGAUGCUGACCCUAGGCGCGGAGACCCUAUGGAAGUAUCUUUGAAUAUGGUUCCUCAAAAUCACCCUCUUCUAGCUCCUCGAAAUCUCGAAGCAGAGGCAUCCGGGUUGUUGGACAGGAUGUUGGGUGUCUUUCAAGAGAGCACCAGAGCCCGCCCACAUAUUGCAAAUCGGAUCUUAAAUGUUAUCUUGAACUUUAAUCCCUUGAAGCAAGCCAAUUCGCCAAUGACCCCCAAGCUUCGUGUUAUGGUCAAAUCCAUGGAAAAGACCACUAGAGUGCUGCUCAUUCAUAUCAACAAGCGGUAUGCCGAUUAUGUAUUGCCAAACCCGUCCAAUGCUGAUAGGUGUAGUGAUCCGCAAAACCCUCUUGCAGGCCGUAUUCAACAAUACGUUGAGCGAAUGAUGCGCUCGAGGAACGAGAUAUUCGAUGAAGCUAGCCGAAAACGGGGGCCUCCCGAGCCAAUCGAUGGUUUGGAUGCUGCCAAACGACAGAAGCUGGCAGCUCAAGUACCGUCUGCAACACCGAGAUUUCAUGUACCCCCGCUAAAGCCAGGACCAUGCACUGUCGCAGAGCUCUUUACGGUUACUACAGAUGAAGGACUAAAGGCUUUCGAUGUUUCAGUCUUGACGCAAGAUCUAGUUACCAAAAUCGGCAUUACCAUUCUGCAGAAGCUUGAUGCAAAUACGCUAAACCAAGCAGUUGAGGGAGUUCGUCAAAGAUACAAGUCAUUAGCAGCGGCACAGCCAGAAGAGUUAAAUCCAGCGACCGCACCCCUAGGUGUGGAUGAGGAUGAGGAUGAUGACUAUGAGCCAGACUAUUUCAAUGCGGAAGACACGGAGCAAAUCCUAAACAAGCUUGACAAUGCUCCACCCCCUGAAGAACCAAAGAUAAAAGUUCCAGAUGUAGCACUACAGCAUUUCACUCUCCCUCCGCCUCCUCCCUUAACCCCAGAUCAAGCUGUGCAGAUCGGCCAAGGAACGGUGACUCGAGUUUUCGGGGUGAUGCAAACCUUAGAAGAGCCAGCGAAGAAAAUAAAGUCAGGAAUGAACCGACUUGCAGCUAGCGCCUACGACCGAGAUGCCUGGAUUACAAUUAUCACCCGUCUAGCGACACGUGCCUCAGCUGGAUUAGAAGAGCUAGCUACACCUGUGAAAAUGGAAUUCAAUGGAGCGGAUUCAUCCUCACUCAGCAACACUAUACGCGAAUCGCUCUAUCUCUAUGUCAUAGAAGAUUUCCGGAAACGCAUUGACAUUGCAGUUGCAUGGCUAUGCGAAGAGUGGUACAACGAUAAAGUACAGAUGAAGCUUGGGGAAGAAGCAGUUUUUCAUUAUGAUAAAUGGGUGUUAAAGGUCUUGGACGGAAUUGUGCCAUAUCUCGAUGCACGAGAUAAGGUCCUGACGAGAUUCCUCAGCGAAAUUCCAGGUUUAAGUCUCGAUGUGCUUACGAGGGUCAAGGGACUUUGCAGAGACCCAGCUAUGGUCAACCUUGCAUUAACGAGUCUUUUAUAUCUGGUUAUGAUGCGGCCUCCAGUCAGGGAGGUUGCUUUGGAUGCUGUGGAGGACAUUUGGAGUACUUAUGAGGAUGCGAAACCCAUAGCAGCGAAAUACCUCACGAAAUGGCGACCCGGCUUCGCUGAACGACUAAAGACAAAAAGCGACGAGGAAGAGGAGAAAAAGGGGAAUGGCGUUGCUGCAUGA